UAGUAGCUACGGCGCUCGCGCCGCUGAACUGCGUCAGUCGAGUGCUCCGCUACUUGUCUGUCACUCGUUUACUAGUUAAAAGCCUUAAUAAGUGCUACAAGAAAAAUAAACAUUGAAUAGAAAAGUUAAUCGUUAUCUGCAGCCGAGGAUUUUUCUGAGAAGAUAAAAACGUAACAAAUAGGAGAAAAUUAAUUUUGAAAUGAUACCAAGAUGGCGACACAUACUAUCAAAAUUGUUCCUAAUUCCCCAGCGGUACGUCUUGGGCAUCAUGGGCCUGCUGGCCGUGUGCAACGCUUACACGAUGCGGGUGUGCCUCAACCUGGCUGUCACGCAGAUGGUCAGAAACAGCGGCAACAGCAGCGAGCACUACGAUCCCAAUGCUUGCCCGGAUGAUAGCGAGAUUACAGCUAAUGGGACUGUCAGUAGCAAACCUCACGCAAUAUUCGACUGGUCGGAGUCCACUCAAGGGCUGAUACUCAGUGGCUUCUACUAUGGAUACGCCGUUACGCACGUCCCUGGGGGAUACUUAGCGGAGAGAUAUGGAGGCAAAUGGACGCUUGGAGUAGGGCUUUUGAGCACCGCCGUGUUCACGCUCUUGACGCCUGUAGUGGUCAAGGCAGGGGGUGCGACGUGGUUGUUCAUCCUUCGAGUUUUGCAGGGUAUGGGUGAAGGCCCCACAAUGCCAGCUCUAAUGAUAGUGUUAGCGCGGUGGGUACCGCCGCACGAGCGAGGGCGCCAAGGCGCCAUCGUGUUCGGCGGCGCCCAAAUUGGAAAUAUCUUUGGCUCCUUCAUGUCCGGCUUCCUUAUGGCCGGAGACAAGGACUGGGCCAAUGUCUUCUACUUUUUCGGAUUGUUCGGCAUCAUAUGGUUCGUUUUUUGGAGCUUGCUAUGCUACAGUACCCCGAACACGCACCCGUACAUAUCCGAUGAGGAGCUGAAGUACUUGAACGAACAUGUGACCAGCUCGGAGAAGUCCAGUAUACGAGACCCGGUGCCUUGGAAAGCUAUCGUCAGAUCUGUCCCAGUCUGGGCUCUGCUGUUUGCUGCUGUUGGCCACGACUGGGGCUACUACACGAUGGUGACAGACCUACCCAAGUACAUGACCGACGUACUGAAGUUCAACAUAGCGGCGACGGGCACCCUCACUGCGAUCCCGUACCUCGCCAUGUGGAUUAGCUCUUUCAUCUUCGGUCUGGUCUGCGACUAUUGCGUCAAGAAGAACUGGCACACGAUCAAAACGGGACGAAUCAUUCAUACUACUAUUGCCGCCACUGGCCCGGCCAUUUGUAUCAUAUUGGCUUCGUACGCCGGCUGCGACCGGCUGGCGGCUGUGGCUUACUUUAUCGCUUCUAUGGCGCUAAUGGGAGGAUUCUAUAGUGGAAUGAAGGUGAACGCGCUGGACCUGGCGCCGAACUACGCGGGCUCCUUGACGGCCAUGAUAAACGGGACCUCUACGAUCUCCGGCAUCAUCACGCCCUACCUGAUAGGGCUAUUGACGCCCGAUUCAACGUUGGCUGAAUGGCGCGUCGCCUUCUGGGUGUGCUUCGCCGUGCUGGUCGGCACCAACGUGGUGUACAUCAUCUGGGCGGACGGCAAGCAGCAGUGGUGGGACGACGUGCGACAGUACGGCUACCCUGACGACUGGAAACACGGACCUCUGUCCAAAUCUGACACGGACAAGGAGAAGAGCAAGAAAGCUGAAGCUACGUCGUUCUGAAAU